GGAGGCGCGCGUGAGCAACAGGUUUUGACGCCUCGCUAACACACAAGCAGCUGUAGUGAAAAUGGCCGGGCAGGAAGAUCCAGUGCAGCGAGAAAUCCACCAGGAUUGGGCGAAUCGCGAGUAUAUCGAAGUGAUUACGAGCAGCAUCAAGAAAAUAGCCGACUUCCUCAACUCGUUUGAUAUGUCCUGCAGGUCCCGUUUAGCCACACUGAACGAGAAGCUCACUGCCCUGGAGAGAAGGAUCGAGUACAUCGAGGCCAGAGUUACAAAAGGGGAAACGCUGACCUAACCUCCCUGAUGAUGAGGACGAGACAAAAUGGCCACACUUCUUCUUCUUUUUUUUGUUUUUGUUUUUUUUUCUUCCCUUUUCUCGUGUACUGAUUCUCGUGUACUGAAAAAAAAAAACCAAGCGACUGUUUUUCAACCAGCCUCUUAAAGCCCCAGUUAGGAACUGCAGACACAGUGAUACACACGUUUGGGUGUCAAAAAAGGAACAGUAAAAAGCUCUAGGUAUUUGUACGGUUCAAAAUGUUCAGGUCCGGCUGUAGCAGUUCCUCACUGCGGCUUUAACACGUGGGACCACGAUUCAUCUGUGACCAUUUUAAUUUCCCACAAUUUUCUGAUUCAGUAUGAACAGAUGUUAACGUGGGUGUUGUUUUUAUUAUUUUUGUUACUGUCUCUGUGGUGCUUGCACUUCAUCGUAUCCUGAGUAGAAUUGGUCAGAUAUCAUUAUUAACUGGGUAAUUCAGACACUAAACAUAAAAAUCUGAUAAAACCAUUGUACAAACGAGCGAGUUCGACGUGGGGGGUCGGGUGGAGAAGGAAUCUUUCAAAAUGGUUGUUUUUUUUUUUGUUGUUGUUGUUGUUUUUUCCUAAAACAAAAAAUUGAAGUUGUUCACUCUACACCGUGUGUGUGUGUGUGACCGGUUUCUGUAUAUAUUUUGUAAGUGUUGGAACGCAAAAGCCUGCGUUUUAAGAAACACCUGUGCCCUGUGACGGUUUCUCACGCAAUAGCACAUCUUCAUACAUCGAGCGUGUGGACCGAGAGGCCGGAAGAGUCACUGAAGUGCCAAUUUUGAUCGUGCGGAAGUUGUCGCCGGCCUCCCGUGUUUUAAUGCUCAUACUUUGAUGUAUUGUGGUUAUAAUAAUAAUAAUAAACAUGUUACAUAACC